AUGGGUUCAAUUGAUGUUGUCUUGGGUGCGGCGUGGGGAGACGAAGGAAAGGGAAAGCUGGUCGAUAUCUUGUCUGGCACGGCGCAGAUCUGCGCUAGAGCUCAAGGCGGCCAUAAUGCGGGACAUUCCAUUGUCGCCAACGGCGUCAGCUACGACUUCCACCUCCUGCCCUCCGGUCUCAUGAACCCGAACUGCCUGAACCUCAUCGGAUCCGGCGUUGUCGUCCACGUGCCCACCUUUUUCUCCGAGCUCGAGACGGUUGAGAAGAAGGGCCUUCAGAACGUCCACUCGCGAAUCUUCAUCUCGGACCGUUGCCACAUCGAUUUCGAUCUCCACUGCGCCGUCGAUGCCGCCGAGGAGCUUGAACUCGGAUCCGAAUCCAUCGGAACGACGAAGCGAGGCAUUGGCCCGUGUUAUGCCUCGAUGGCUACCAGGAGUGGCAUCACCAUGAGUGAGAUGUUCCGGCCGGAUGUCUUCGAACACCGCUUGCGCAAACUUGCCGACGCAUACAAGAAGCGAUUCGGCGACAAGCUUGUGUACGAUGUCGAAGACGAGAUCGAGCGCUUCAAGGGUUACCGUGAGAGGCUGGCCAACUACGUCAUUGACGCCGUGACGUUCAUGAACGACGCUCAGCAGCGCGGCGCUCGGAUACUCAUCGAGGGCUCGCAGGCCAUCAUGCUUGAUGUCAACUACGGAACUUACCCCUAUGUCACGUCCUCGAAUACUGGCUUGGGAGGAAUUAUUGUCGGUCUCGGACUCAACCCUCGCAAGCUUGGAGACGUCAUUGGCACAGUCAAGGCGUACACUACCAGGGUUGGCGCCGGUCCCUUUGCGACAGAGGAUACUGGCGCUGUCGGCACGCACCUCCAGGAGGUCGGACGUGAAUGGGGUGUAAGCACGGGGCGACGACGACGAUGCGGCUGGCUUGAUCUUGUUCAGAUCAAGUACUCCCACAUGCUCAACCACUACACGGCGCUGAACCUCACAAAACUUGACGUGCUUGACGAUAUGGAGACGAUCAAGGUUGCCGUCGGCUACAAGAACCCCCAGACCGGAGCGGAACUUCCUACUUUCCCCGCAGAUAUGGAUCUCCUCGGGCAGGUCGAAGUCGUGUACAAGGAGCUGCCUGGAUGGAAGGCGUCCACAUCGAAGGUCCAGAAGUUUGAGGAGCUCCCCAAGGGUGCUCAGGAUUAUAUCAAGUUCAUCGAGGAGUACGUCGGAGUACGGAUUCGGUGGAUCGGAACCGGUCCUGGACGGGAGGAUAUGAUCGAUCGGGGAAGUUCGUAG